AUGGACAAGAAACCUGCUGGAAUCUCCACCUCUCUUCUAUCUUCCAAUGCCCCGCCCUCCGAAGCGGAUGCCGCCUCGCUGCAUAUCGUCCUUGCACACCUGGGAAAGCAGCUAGCAGGCAUCGACGAAUCCAUCGCGCGGCUUCAACUACACCUGCGUGAGCUUCAGAAGACAAGGCAAGGCGUUCUGGAGGAUGUGAAACGGGUUCGAACGGUCUUGUCGCCGAUCCGCCGCCUCCCACCGGAGAUCCUGUGCGAUAUAUUCGCGCUUUGCAUCCCGAGCGAAACAUCGACGUCCUUCCGAGGAAAGCACUUAAAGUUCCCUUGGGUGGCAACACGCGUCUGCCGGUCGUGGAGGGACGCUGGUGCGGCCAAUGCGGCGUUUUGGUGUCGCGUUGAUUCGGGAACGCCGCUCCCCGUCGUACGGCUGCAGCUUGAGCGGUCUAGACAGUGUGCGCUGGAUAUCGAUGUCGGUUUUGCGGACUGCGAGAUCCUGGGGCUGGUGGCCGGGCAUUCUGAGCAAUGGGAGACGGUGUCAAUUGCCGCCAGUGCGAAUAUGCUACCGAUUCUCGAUAGCGUGUGGGCGAAUGCUGGGGUUUCUCAGUGGCCCCCUUACUGA